UUGUUUUCCUCCGUCGUCGCAGCGCGCGCGUCCAGCCCAGCGAGCAGAGAGGGACCAGCGAGCACAGUUGUCUGUUUUAAGUACCGCUAGAGCAGGAAGAUGGCCGACAAGAUGGAUAUGUCUUUAGACGACAUUAUCAAACAGAACAGGCAGAGAGGUGGAGGCAGAGGCGGCAGAGGACGAGGCCGCGGAGGCUUCGGCGGCGGCGCUCGCGGAGGCGCAGGGCGUCUCGGAGGCGGCGGAUUCGGAGGCCGAGGCGGUGGAUCCGGCCCCAUGAGGAGCCGCCAGAACCUGAGCCGCGCUCGAGGCAGACCGACGCCAUACAGCAGGCCCAAACAACUACCGGACAAAUGGCAGCAUGACAUGUUCGACAAUGGCUUCAGUGGCUUCAACGGAGCUGCUGGCGGUGGCAGCGGCGCUGGCGUGGAAACUGGAGGGAAGCUCCUCGUCUCAAAUCUGGACUUUGGCGUUUCAGAUGCAGACAUUCAGGAACUGUUUGCGGAGUUCGGAACGCUGAAGAAGGCGGCAGUGCAUUAUGACCGGUCUGGCAGGAGUUUAGGGACGGCAGAUGUCCACUUUGAACGGCGAGCAGAUGCCCUCAAGGCGAUGAAACAGUAUAACGGGAUCCCUCUCGACGGGCGACCCAUGAGCAUCCAGCUGGUCACGUCACAGAUCGACACACAGAGACGACCGAUGCAGGGGUUGAACAGAGGAGGCAUGAUCAGAGGUCGUGGUUUUGGGGGAAUGCAGAGGGGUCGAGGUGGAGGACGUGGUGUUGGUGGCCCCAGAGGACGGGGCCGCGGUGGCCGAGGGGGGGCCACCAAGCAGCAGCUUUCAGCAGAGGAACUUGACGCCCAACUAGAUGCAUACAAUGCCAGGAUGGACACCAGCUAGGAGCAGCUGGUGCUCAUGCAUCCCUUUGUCUGAAGAGAAGAAAGGUUGUUACAGAUGACAAAACGUUUUACACAACUGUCUCCCAAUGAUUGAAAUGGCUUUGUCCGCUUUUAAAUGCUCCGAGUGUUUUUUACCAGUAUUUUUUUUCCCCUUUUCUGAAAAAAAUUGGCUGUAGGUUCUGUGGCUGUCAGAGGCCAUCAAGUUUGUUCCUUCACAUUUGUGCUAAAUGAAACUUGUAAUAAAACCUACAGUGUAUAUCGGC